UUGCCAGCCACCCUUCCCUGGCACCGGUGCGCAGGGGCACGGGGAAAACACCAGGAUCCCUCCCCUUCCAAGAGCUGGGUUUUCUAAAAAAGGAAGAUAGAUGGACCCCCAAACACACAGGAUGAGUGCCAUGGCGCCCAGCCCACUGGCACUGGACUACCUGGACGACUUCGACCUGCUGAAGUUCGAGGUGAAGCAGGAGGCCCCAAGGCCGGGGGGUAGCUCCUCAUUGACUUCUACCCCUUGCAGCUCCGUGCCCCCUUCACCCACCUUCGACAAAGCCGGUGGGGACCCCAAGUCCACGCUGGAGGAGCUCUACUGGAUGGCCACACUGCACCAGACCCUGGCGGCUGCCGCAGCAGGGGGUGGUCCCGAGACCCAAAUGAUGCCCGGUUUGGAUGAGGCUGUGGAGGCAUUCUUAGGGGUCCCCGUGAUGGAAGGAGGGCUCCGGGGAAGAGCCACCCCGCAAAUCCAGGGUUUUGUUGGAGCCGGCGAAGGGCUUGGAGGAGAUCAACAACAGCUCCCACCAAUGCUCUCGGACCGCUUCUCGGACGCCCAGCUGGUCUCCAUGUCGGUGCGGGACCUCAACCGCCAGCUGCGGGGCUUCGGCAAGGAUGAGGUCCAGCGGCUGAAGCAGAAGCGGCGCACCCUCAAGAACCGGGGCUAUGCCCAGUCCUGCCGCUUCAAGCGGGUCCAGCAGCGCCACGUCCUGGAGGCAGAGAAGUGCCAGCUGGCCCAGCAGCUAGAAGCCCUGCGGGUGGAGAUGGCCCGGGUGGCCCACGAGCGAGAUGUCUACAAGGCCCGGUGCCAGAAGCUCCUGGGGGACGCUGCCGGAGGGUCCGGCGAGGAGGCUGCUGAACCCCCGACUCCCCAGUCUACCUCGCUAGCCCAGUUCUUCCUAUAAAUUUCCCUUCUGUGGCCCCGUGGGCUAUGGGAGCUUGAACUGUGCGUGCCCCUGUCCUAGCUCCAGGAUCACGGAGGCGUCUUCCCCUUUCGGUCCACCAGGGGGCAAUGUAGGCAGCAUGUAAUCCCCUUUUCUUCCACCAGAUGGCACCAAAGAACCCACACCAUUAUGCUGCAGCGCAGUGGACAAAUCCAACCACACACACACACACACACACACACACACACAUAUAUAUGGUUU